CACUGAAACACACGCAUACACUAAUCUGUCAACACAGUUGCUGAAGAAGGAUUUUAUCCCCUUUCUUCUCUCUAACUCCUAACCCUAGUGCUGCUGCUAGAGCUGGAAAUUAAUCUCGAUCAAAUCAUUUCACUUGUUAGAUCCAGCCGUAACUGUGCAGCCGCCGAGAUCCAUAUGUAGGGUUUGCUAGCCGCUUAAUUUAGCGUUCUGAGUGGGUAAUUUUCAUCUAGAAAUCCGAGGGUAUUUGUUGAUGGAGCCGCGAGUUGGAAACAAGUAUCGAUUGGGUCGGAAGAUUGGCAGUGGAUCUUUUGGAGAGAUCUAUCUUGGGACAAAUAUUCAGACUAAUGAUGAAGUGGCAAUUAAGCUAGAAAAUGUGAAGACAAAACAUCCUCAAUUGCUCUAUGAGUCAAAAUUGUACAGAAUUUUACAAGGCGGAACUGGGGUACCAAAUGUAAGAUGGUUUGGCGUGGAAGGAGACUACAAUGUUCUGGUUAUGGACUUGCUCGGGCCCAGUCUUGAAGAUCUUUUCAAUUUUUGCAGUAGGAAACUCUCUCUGAAGACAGUUCUCAUGCUCGCUGAUCAAAUGAUUAAUCGUGUUGAGUUUGUUCAUUCAAAAUCAUUUUUACAUCGAGAUAUCAAACCAGAUAAUUUCCUUAUGGGCUUGGGACGACGUGCCAAUCAGGUCUACGUCAUUGAUUUUGGUCUGGCAAAGAAAUACAGAGACAGUUCUAAUCAUCAACAUAUUCCUUACAGGGAGAACAAAAACUUGACUGGGACCGCACGAUAUGCCAGUAUGAAUACUCACCUGGGUAUAGAACAAAGCAGGAGAGAUGAUUUGGAAUCUCUCGGAUUUGUGCUGAUGUAUUUCUUAAGAGGAAGCCUUCCUUGGCAGGGACUAAAAGCAGGAACUAAGAAACAAAAAUAUGAGAAAAUAAGUGAGAAAAAGGUCUCAACCUCUAUUGAGGCUUUGUGCAGGGGUUAUCCAACCGAGGUAGCAUCAUAUUUUCAUUAUUGCCGUUCACUGCGCUUUGAAGAUAAACCAGAUUAUGCUUAUCUUAAGAGGAUAUUCCGUGACCUCUUCAUUCGUGAAGGUUUCCAGUUUGAUUAUGUUUUUGACUGGACCAUCUUGAAGUAUCAGCAGUCCCAGAUGGCUGCUCCUCCUUCACGUCCUCUGGGCCCAGGAGCUGGGACCAGCUCAGCAUUACCCCCUGCGAUUCCCAGUGGUGAACGGCUGCCUGCAGGUGAUGAAGAAGGAAGGGUAGUUGGCACAUCUUCAGGAGAUCCUUCAGGGAGAAGAUCUGGACAGAUUACAAAUGCUAGAAUAUCCAGAGAGAAGAGUCCAGCUGCAACUGAUUCAGCAAGCAAGGAUGCUUUGCUCUCAAACUCCACCUUCUUCGGAAGGUCUAGUGGAACACUGAGACGUGGGACUGUUUCUGGAAGCCGCGAAACAUUUACUUUGGGAAAUGAUUCUGAUCCUAGUCGCUCUCGGACCCCUGAGGCUAGUCCAGCUACUGCAAAUAAAACAUCGAGUGGACAAAGAAGCUUUCCGCUUGGUGGAUCCUCCAAUGCAAAGCAUACUUCUUCUGGGAUGAAUAAUUCUGGCAUUAAGAAUUAUGAUUCUACAAUAAAGGGUAUCGAGAGUUUGCAUUUUGAUGAUGAAGAGAGGUUUCACUGAAAAACAACGGUAAGCACAUGCCUGUAAAUCAUAAAAAAUUGUGUGAUUUGACCGACCACCUGAGGGGAUUUAACUUUGUUGGUAAACUCAACUACUCACUGUCACUGGUGGAGAUGUGAAUUCGAACUCAAGAAAUGAGUUGUUGGUGACCAGGAUAGAUAAAACUUGAGUGGGUUGUAGGUGCGUGCGUUCGAGUUGCGAGUUGGGAGUUGUGGUGUGGGUCUAUUUUUUCCAUGUGCCCUUCUCUCCUUCAGGUCUGCCUGGUCCUGAGUGUAAAAUUGACCAGUGGUCUUCGCAAAGUUAUUACUACCAAUUUCAAAUAUUGCAGUUUUCAUUGUAACCCUUUUAAAAAAAAUAUAUUGGCUGCUUAUGCAUCUCUGUAUCAUGCUUGAUGUUGACAUAUUUAAAUAACUGCAAGUUUGACUGCUA